CCUUUUGAAGAUGCUAUAAUGGAGAAGGUAGAUAUUUUACAUCUCCCUUGUCCACGCUCUGGACUGGGCAUCGCUGGUUACUGAGAGCAGCCGGGGCGUUUCUUCCCCAACCCGACGCGACCUAGCGAGCUCCACCGCCCCAAACGAAUCGAGCGGCGGCACAGGUCGGGCGAGCUCCACCACCGAGCAGGACCGGGGCGAGCUCCAGCUCUACCUUCCGGCGUCGAGCGCAGAUGCAGGGAACUUACAAAAGGGUCAAGCUCUGAAGUUAUAUAACAAAGCAUGGCUCCUCUGACUCCCAGACUUGUAGUGCCCAUAGAUGUGAAAAGGAAGCCUUGGGAGCAGAAGGUUCAUCUCCAUAACCGCUGGCAUCCGGAUAUCCCACCUGUUGCUGAUGUAACUGAAGGGGAAUUAUUCCGAGUUGAGAUGGUGGAUUGUACUGGAGGACGGGUUAGAGAUGAUGACUCCGCAGAUGAUAUCAAGUUUCUGGACCUCACAAUUGUUCAUUAUCUUAGUGGCCCCUUUAGAAUAGUUGAUGCUGAAGGGGUUCCAGCUUCACCCGGUGAUCUUCUUGCGGUAGAGAUCUGCAACCUCGGUCCGCUUCCUGGCGAUGAGUGGGGUUAUACUGGAAUAUUCGAAAGGGAUAAUGGAGGUGGAUUCUUAACUGACCACUUUCCAAGUGCAAGAAAAGCCAUUUGGUAUUUUGAAGGAAUUUAUGCAUACUCCCCUCAGAUACCUGGCGUUCGGUUUCCGGGUUUAACUCAUCCUGGUAUAGUUGGAACUGCACCAUCAGUCGAACUUCUUAAUAUAUGGAACGAAAGGGAAAGGAAAUUGACCGAGACAAGUCUCGAGUCUCUGAGCCUGUGUGAAGUUCUACACCAGAGGCCCCUUGCUAUCUUACCAACCUCCGAAAGCUGCUUACUUGGAAAUAUUGAAGAAGGGACUGCUGAAUGGCAAAAGAUUGCAACUGAAGCAGCAAGAACUAUUCCUGGAAGAGAGAACGGGGGGAACUGUGACAUUAAGAAUCUAAGCAGGGGUUCCAAAGUUUAUCUACCAGUAUUUGUUGAAGGAGCAAAUUUGAGUACUGGUGAUAUGCACUUUUCCCAAGGUGACGGUGAAGUCUCAUUUUGUGGAGCAAUAGAAAUGAGUGGAUUCCUUGAGCUAAAGUGUGAGAUUAUAAGAGGUGGGAUGAAGGAAUACUUGACUCCUGUUGGUCCGACAGCACUUCAUGUGAAUCCUAUCUUUGAGAUAGGUCCAGUGGAGCCACGCUUCUCAGAAUGGUUAGUAUUUGAGGGAAUCAGUGUAGAUGAAUCUGGGAAACAGCAUUUCCUUGAUGCAUCAGUUGCCUACAAGCGUGCAGUUCUGAAUGCCAUUGAAUACCUGUCCAGAUUUGGGUACUCUAAGGAGCAGGUCUAUCUUUUGCUAUCAUGUUGUCCAUGUGAGGGUAGGAUAUCCGGAAUAGUAGACGCUCCUAAUGCAGUGGCGACACUUGCCAUCCCUACAUCAAUAUUUGACCAGGAUAUAAGGCCAAAACGUCUGGGGCAUGGACCAAUAUUGAGGAGAACUCCGGAUGUUCUGAGGUGCACCUAGAAAUAGGAUGGACACCUUCCUGCAACACAAGACCAAAGUGGAACAGGGGCACCAUAGUGACUAACAUCUAAAAAUUAAUCCAUGAUGGACAUGUUUGCACUGUAUAGUUAUAUAAAUAUAAAUAAUCAUCUACGUACAUGCAACCUCUAAUGUGGACCAGAUGACCAGUAGUUGCAGUAUUUGACUUGUUGACACUUGAUAAUCUAUGUAUCAGAGAAUCAACAUAUAUGGAUACAGUUAUGCCAUAUAAAUUUUCUGUGUUGGCUUGUUGCAAA